GGUUGAGAAGUUGUAUCAAAUAAAAAUAGAAAAGUGAAAUAAAAUAAGGAAUAGCUUGAGGAUCUUGUUCCCUGAUACCCGUGACAUCUUUCCAUUGCUCGCAUCGCUCUGACAUCGAUCGUCUUCUCUGAUUCUCGUUCGCAUCACAUCGAUCAGUCAGAGCCCUAAAUCGCAGUGGUUAGGUCUUCUUCAACCGCCAAGCCUCCACAAUUGGUUUCAUCUCGAUUCCCUUCCUCACGUGGUUCAGUUCUUCAAGUUGAGGCACAGUAACAAACUGUGUGAAAAGAAGCUUGUUCUGAAGUUGAUAAAAGAAAGAUUCAUUAAGUGAUCACGAAGCUCUUCACCGGCUCAUGCCCAUGAAACCAAGACAAAAUAUUUCUCUUAAAGUUUGAUUCUUCUCAACCUAAAUAUCCAAAUCUAAAACCCCAAUUUGUGUAGAUCUCGGUAAUACCACGUGAUCUGUGACUCCCUCUGUUUUCUCCUGUUCUGUUUUCCCCUGAAUUUUAGGGGGGAAAUUGGGUUUUUUAACAAGUUUGGAUAAUGAGGCGAAGAGCAACAGAUUUUCGAAGGCCAGUGCGGAAAAGGGUUCCUGAUGUGUUGUGGUGGGCAUUGUGUGUUGCAGUGGUUCUUCUAUUUAUCUAUAUUCUGACCAGAGAGACUCAAAUUGAGUCUAUACCGGUUUUGUCCAAGAGAACUUACAAAAAUGAUAGGAUUAUGGAAGGCCUUAAUAUUACUGAAGAGAUGUUAAGUUCAGACUCGGUGACCAGACAACUGAAUGAUCAGAUAUCCCUAGCAAAAGCUUUUGUUAUAAUUGCUAAAGAAAGUAACAAUCUCCAAUUUGCUUGGGAACUAAGUGCUCAGAUCCGCAAUUCGCAAAUUCUUCUCUCAAAUGCUGCCACUAGACGUUCUCCUUUAACAACCAGAGAAUCAGAGAGUGCUAUCCAUGAUAUGGCGUUACUGUUAUACCAGGCCCAGCAGCUCCAUUAUGACAGUGCAACCAUGAUCAUGAGAUUCAAAGCAAAAAUCCAGGCUCUUGAAGAACAGGUGAGUUCUGUAAAUGAAAAGAGUUCAAAAUAUGGACAAAUAGCGGCUGAAGAAGUCCCAAAAAGCUUAUACUGUCUCGGUGUCAGAUUGACAACAGAGUGGUUCAAAAACCUUAAUUUGCAAAAGAAAUCGAACGAUAACGGGGUCCUCGAGAUGAAGAUUAAUGAUCAAAAUCGUUACCACUUUUGCGUGUUCUCUGAUAACAUUAUUGCAACUUCGGUCGUAGUCAAUUCAACUGCAAAAAGUUCUAAAAAUCCCAAUAUGAUCGUUUUUCACAUUGUCACCGAUAAAAUAAAUUAUGCUGCAAUGAAGGCGUGGUUUUCCAUAAACAAUUUCCGCGGGGUUACUGUAGAAGUUCAGAAGUAUGAAGACUUCACUUGGUUAAAUGCUUCAUAUGUUCCUGUGCUUAAGCAACUUCAAGACUCAGAAAUACAGAGCUACUACUUUUCUGGAAACAGUGAUGAUGGAAAAACACCUAUCAAGUUUCGUAAUCCCAAAUAUCUUGCCAUGCUUAACCACCUGAGGUUCUAUAUCCCUGAAGUUUUUCCUGCUCUGAAGAAAAUCGUGUUCCUGGACGAUGAUGUUGUGGUUCAGAAGGAUUUGUCUGAUCUUUUUUUACUUGAUUUGAAUGGGAAUGUUAAUGGAGCUGUUGAGACAUGCAUGGAGACAUUUCAUAGAUACCAUAAAUACCUGAACUAUUCUCAUCCUCUUAUAAGAGCACAUUUUGAUCCCGAUGCAUGCGGAUGGGCAUUUGGGAUGAAUGUAUUUGAUUUGGUUGAAUGGAGAAAAAAGAAUGUAACUGGCAUCUACCACUAUUGGCAGGAAAAAAAUGUAGACCGGACCCUCUGGAAACUCGGUACCUUGCCACCUGGACUGUUGACAUUUUAUGGAUUAACCGAGCCCUUGGAUCCAUUGUGGCAUGUACUGGGUUUUGGCUACACAAACGUUGAUCCUCAGUUGAUAGAGAGAGGGGCUGUACUACACUUCAAUGGCAACUCCAAACCUUGGUUGAAGAUUGGGAUUGAAAAAUACAAGCCCAUAUGGGAAAAACAUAUUGACUAUUCUCAUCCUUUAUUGCAGCAAUGCAACUUUCAUUGAGCUUUAUUAAUUGGAACUUCAAAGUUCAAACCUUGGUGGAAGAUUUGGGUUCAGAAGCACUAGUGCCACUAUUGUUAUUCCAAACCUCGAUUGCAACAGUGAAACUAUUAUUGACCUGUGGAGCUGGGAGGUUAAAUGAUCUUUAGAUUCCAAAUCCAAUGGAGGUAUUUAUUUUGUAGUAAAAAACGCGCUUACAAUUUUCAAAAUUCAAGCAUGUUCGGCGGCUAUAACAUGGUUGUAGCAUAUAUAUCAGUUCAUAGUUUCUUUGUGAUUUUAGUCAGAGUUGGGAUCUGCUGUAAUUUUUUUUUUCUACUAGUACCACCACCAUUACCACUAAUGUACUAUUAAAUAGAUGUAAAUCAAUAUUCCAUUCAUCUGUUUAAAGGGUUGAUCACUCCCAAUAAAUAUUUUUUCAAACA